AUGGGCGCCGCCGCGUCCCUCGCGGACGAGCACCUCGAGUGCGAGCUCACGUUGGCGGAGGCCAGGAAGCUCGUGCCCGCGGGUACCUGGGACGCGCGCUGGGACGGCCAGUUCGCGGCGACGUCCGGCACGAUGACGAAGAGCGUGGCCAUGAUGCUGCUGGCGCAGCGCGUGGAACAGCUCGGCGCCGCGGGUUUGGACUGGGGCGACGAGGUGCUGCCGCCCGUCGAGGCGCAGUACGUCCUCGCGGCGGGCGGCGUGAAGCAUCUCACGGCGCUCGUCGAGACGGCCGACGCGGCGACGCCGGAGCUGACGACGCGCUGCGGCGGCGUCGUCGACGCGUCGCUCGCCCUGGAGGCGUCGCUGCGGGCCGCGCGCGUGCGCCAGGUCGAGGCCGACGCGCGCGCGGCGCUCGCCGCGACGCGGGGCCGCCCCGUCGUCACGGGCCGCCGCGGGCCCCUCGAGGUGAAGCCGCCGAAGCGCCGGAGCGACGCGAGCUUCUUCUACGAGUGCAUCAUCACGAAGCUCGACGACGACAAGCGCGACCUGCAGCGCCAGCUCGCCGAGGAGCGCGCGCGCGUCGCGUGGAUGGACGCGUCGUGCGCGUCGAACGCGGCCAAGGCCGCCAGGGCCGUCGCGCGGAAGAACGAGCUCAAGGACCUGCUCAAGGAGGAGCGCGGCCUGCGCGCCGAGCUCGAGUUCCACGACGCCGAGCUCGACCGGAGCCUCGCGGCGGCCGCGAGCGAGUGCGCGAAGUCGUCGGCGGACGCGACGCGGUUCGGCGCGGGCCUCCGCGACGGCGCGGCGGCGAACCUCAAGCUCAGCGACGCGAACCGCGACCUCGCCGCGAAGCUCGACGCAGCGCGGGCGUCCGUCGGCGGCGUCUUCGACGUGCGGUUCCGGGGCAACCCCUCGAAGGCCUUCGCCGCGGAGAUCCUCGGGUCGAACGACGACGGCACGUUCGACGUGCGCUACCGCGACGGCGACGUCGAACGGAGCGUCCCCGCGGCCUGGAUGACGCUGCUGCCCGGCGGCGCCUGCGCCGUCGCGGCCGGCGACUGCGUCGAGGCGCGCCACGCGGGCAAGCCCGAGUACGUCCUGGGCCUCGUCGACGCCGUCGACGACGACGGUCUGUGCGACGUCCACUUCCCGGGCCUGGGCAUCGGCGGCACGGACGAGGCGAAGAUCCCCCGGGCGCUCGUGCGGCGCAUCCGCGCGACGGUCGUCGAGGGCUCCAAGGUCGAGGCGCGCCGCGCGGGCGGCGACGCCUUCGAGCCCGGCGUCGUGAAAAAGGUCGACGAGUCCGGCGACGUCUUCGACGUCGCCUACCUCUUCGGCGAGGGCGAGGCGGGCGUGGCGCGGGACUCGGUGCGGCCGCGCUUCGACCGCAACGAGCCCGUCGAGGCGCGCUACAAGGGCCGCGAGAAGUACUACCCGGGCAAGAUCGACGGCGUCCAGGGCGACGGGUCCUACGACAUCUGGUACUGCGACGGCGAGACGGAGAUCGGCGUGCGAGCCGACAUGAUCCGCGUCGACCCCGGCUUCGCGAUCACGCCGAAGAAGGCCGACCCGCCCAAGGCCGACCCGCCCAAGGCCGACCCGCCGCAGUCGCCGCCGUCGCCGGCGAAGCUCCGGGCCCCCUUCGCGACGGGCGACGCCUGCGAGGCGCGCUACCAGGACGGCAAGGAGUGGUGGCCCGGCGUCGUCGCGCGGAACAACGGCGAGGGCACCUACGACGUCGACUUUGCCGGGGGCGAGCGCGAGUCGAAGAUCCCCCUCGACCGGCUCCGGGGCGCCGCGGCCCGGCCCGGCGUCUUCUCCGUCGGCGACGCGGUCCAGGCGCUCUACAAGGGCAAGAAGCGGUGGUACGCGGGGCGCGUCGCGAAGGACCACGGCGACGGCGCCUACGACGUCUCGUACGAGGACGGCGACGCGGAGGUCGCCGUGCCGGGGAACCUGAUCCGACGGCCCGUCGCCGCCGCCGCGCCGGACGCGCCCGCCGACGGCGAACUGCCCGCGUUCAAGUUCGCCGUCGGCGAGCGCGUCCUCGCGCGCUACAAGGGCAAGGAAAAGUCGUUCCCGGGCGUCGUCUCCGCGCGCAACGGCGACGGCACCUACGCCGUCGACUACGACGACGGCGACAAGGAGCCCGCGGUGCCCGAGGACCACAUCCAAAUAUACAUCGAGAUCGACUUCCAAAAGCAUGUGAAGGUGCCGAGGAAAUUCAAGCUCGCGCCGCCGGUGAAACCGGCGCCCGAGCCUGAAGCGACGGCGCCCGAGCCGGUCGCGGCUCCCGAGCUGGAGCCCGAGCCCGCGCCCGAGCCGGAGCCCGAAGCGGAGCCCGAGCCCGAGGCGGAGCCGGAGCCCGAGCCCGAGCCCGAGCCCGAGCCGGAGCCGGAGCCGUUCUUCAAUCUCGGCGAGGCCGUCGUCGCGCGGUACAAGGGGCGGGGCAAGUUCUACCCGGGCAAGAUCGCCAAGGUCCACGGCGACGAGACGUACGACGUCGAGUACGACAGCGGCGAGUUCGAGGAGCGCGUGAGCAGCGACCUCAUCGAGUCGCCGUGA